CGUGUGUUAGCUGUUGCCAUAGUGAUUACGUGUCCGACACAUUACCUUCCUGGAAAGUGCGACAGAAUUUUUGUUUCCCUGGCGCCAAGAAGAUUAUUUAAACAGACGUAACAAGUGACCAAUCACCCGUGGAGAAAGAUGUCCGUGCAAGGAAGAAACACUCAGCUGAUUGGUGGAUCCACUCUGGACAGCAUUGAGGUCAUCCGUAACCACUCCACGCUCUUCAGAGGAGAAUGCAUGAGGCUGAUCGAGGAAAGCAGCAAAUCCUGCAAGCGCCUGCAGGAUGACGACAGCGAGAAACUGGACCAUCGCGUCAGAGACAUUCAGUAUGUGAAGAAGGAACUCGAGCUGAAGUUGGAGGAGAACAUUUUGGAGACGGAUCGGCUUUUUGCGCUGCAGGACAGAGUGGUGAAAGCCAUUGAGAUGUGCAAGGAGCCUUUUCGAGUAACCGUUCUUUGUCUGAACGAGAGAAAUAAACGCCACCCCUCUGAGAAGCUGCGUGAUGACGUCAGCAGAGAGCUGGUGAAGGAGGCGGAGCUGGCAAAGGGCGUGAUGUCAAUCCUGCAGCGAGUAGUCAAACAGAUCGCUGAGCAGACACGAUUGAACCAAGCGUCCAAGUUUGAUCUGGAACAGGAUCUGAAGGAGAAAUACGAGGCUCAGCACUUAGAUGCUUCCUGUGCCUCGAUGACGCCAGAUUCCCUCAACAACACACAGACAGUUCUCAACCCCAAGACAGUUCCACCAAGUUCAACCGUGACACCGGGAGAGUGGGAGAGAAGCUCAGACUUCAACAUAGCUAAGGCGGAGCGUCAGAAGACCAACUCGGUGUCUCUGAGGGCGCUGGUGGAGUCUCUGCUGGCCCAGACUGCUGCUGACAUGCAGCAACAGUUCCAGGCCACGUCAGCGGCCUUGCAGCAGAAUGUCCUGCACAUCAAGACGGUCAAGAGCCAGAUGGAGGAACAACUCACCAAGGUUUUGUCAGAGUUUACCAGCCAGCAGAAAAACCGAGAAGACCUCCAAGUGGCCAUCACGGAGAAUGAGCAUUUCCUCAGUUUGGCUCAGGCCAGGCUGGAUUUACGUCAGCAGAGGCCCGCCAAAGAGCGAUGUCACGAUCCGGCGCAAACCCAGCUCCUCACUGAGGUCGGCCAGCAUACGAGUCAAAUCAGCAGGCUGCGUGAGACCGUAGAUCAGUCGGAGGAGCAGCAGAGGGCGCUGGUCCGCUGCCAGCUGGAACUGCAGCAGAGCAUUGAAGUCAAGGCCAACCUUCUCUACGUUGAUGAGGUCAUCUGCAUUCCGUACAGAGAGACAAUUGUCUUAACUAAAUUCUGAACACUACUUCCUCCAAAUCAUACUUUAUCAAGAGGAAUGUUCAAUUUAUUCUAUCCAUGUCUUGAGGAAUAUUUUUGACUUGUCACUUUUUUAGCUGACACACCAACACAGGCAACUGCUUAUGUUGACAACACGACUUGACUUUUGUCACCAUCAAAUUUAAGGUCCAAUGGGGUCAUUUUUAUGAAAAUGGACCCGUAAUAUCAACAAAUUAUCAACUCAUUACUAGGGAUGUCCGAUAAUGGCUUUUUGCCGAUAUCCGAUAUUCCGAUAUUGUCCAACUCUUUAAUUACCGAUACCGAUAUCAACCGAUACCAAUAUAUACAGUCGUGGAAUUAACACAUUAUUAUGCCUAAUUUGGACAACCAGGUAUGGUGAAGAUAAAGUACUUUAAAAAAAAAUAAAAUCAAAUAAAAUAAGAUAAAUAAAUUCAAAACAUUAUCUUAUUAGUGGACCAGCAGCACUCCCAAUCAUGUGUGCUUACGGACUGUAUCCCUUGCAGACUGUAUUGAUAUAUAUUGAUAUAUAAUGUAGGAACCAGAAUAUUAAUAACAGAAAGAAACAACCCUUUUGUGUGAAUGAGUGAGGAAGGUUUUGUGGGUUGGUGCACUAAUUGUAAGUGUAUCUUGUUUUUUUAUGUUGAUUUAAUAAAAAAACAAAACAAAACAAAAAAAAAACCCGAUAUCGAUAAUAAAAAAACCGAUGCCGAUAAUUUCCGGUAUUACAUUUUAACUCAUUUAUCGGCCGAUAAUUUCGGCAGGCCGAUAUUAUCGGACAUCUCUGCUCAUUACUGAUAGUCAACAAGACACAACAGCAAGUCUAAAGUUACACAUCAUUUUCUUUUCUUCCCUAAAGUAUUAGCCACUGGAAGAAAGAUGUGUUGUUAUAGUCAAGACAUACAGCAAAAUUACCACAUCAGUUUUGUUAGAUAAGAGUAUAAAAUAUCAUAACAACUAAAUAAUCAAAGUAUUAGUACAAGCAGUGGCUAGUUAUGUUUUCGGUUGUGUCAAAACCUGCUUAUGUCGGACAUUUUUCAUUUUACCUUGGAAAUUGACGAGGACAACUUAUAAUAAAUAAGACACUGUAGAAAGAUCAUAAGCACUGAUUAUUGAUCUUUUUAUUUCACUGGGUAAAAGCAAUGUUGGCUGUACAGUGUGUAUGGUCUGGGCAAUAGGCUAUACUCAAAUGUCAGGUACAAAUCCAUCCAUCCAUUUUCUACCU